CAAAUUUUCGUCAUCCGUUUUGAUGCAACGUUUUUAUAUUUUACUUCUUUUCUUCAAUUUUUUAUCGCCGUCGCAAUUAUCUCUGCUCCCGUUCUCGAAACAUCCACCACCACCGGUCGUGGAACAAACCUCGAGCAAUCUCUACACGUCAUCGGAUAAAUUGAAUCGAAACGAUGACGCAUGUUUUUGUAGCAGUUGCUUAUGUCCCGUUUGCAACGUAACGCUAGCAGCGCCGAAGAAAGUUAUCAACGUUUAUAGGCCGCAGAUUGAAAACUCGGUGCCGCCGAAACCAUUUGGUUCGUUUUGCGCCAAAUGCGCGGCGUGUUUGGCCGUUGCGGCGGAGAUGCAGCAGGUGAUCGACGGUUUCGGCGAGGAGUGCGAACUGGAUGAAACCAAGCGGAAGUCGCUUCAACGGGAGCUGAGCGUCAAAGUUACGCACUUGUGCCGAAAAGGUUUCAAAAGUUACGAUUCAGGCUCGCUGGGAAAAUAUAACAUCACCUCCGAUUAUUUGAACUGCGCCUAUCGGUUGGAGAAUAACACGAACUGGACCAAAAAACUGCGGGAACUUUGCGAGCUCUACUUGUCGAGGAUCGAUUUGGAGAGACUGAGCAAUGCGGUGUGGAACGCGGGGGAGAAUUUGUCGAAAAAAUUGUGCAGGAGUUCGGGAAUAUUUAGGGACUGCGUGGACUUGAAGUGCGUGGACGAGAGGGGCGAAGUGGACAACCGCGACUGAAAGACUGGGUAUAGAGAAAGUAGUUUAUUGACAUGAAGAAACAAUAAGUACACUGAAAC